GCAACGCAAAACAAGCAAAGCAAAGCACAGGGCAAGCGGGGGGGUGUAGAGUAGGGAAAGCUAUGGAGCCAGGGGGAGAGAGCGCUUGCAAGCAGCAGCAUGCACUGGGGCAGAAGAAGACUCUGCGUGGUUUUAGUAAUUGUCGAAUCUAACACUUAGUAAUUGUGAAGCAUCAUCAUCGUCGUGUAUACCAAUACGCUCCCCGCCUUGUUGUUUCUGCUAUGCUUGCGAUUUCACUGUCACUGCCUGCCUAGUCAUGGGAGCCCCCAAACAGAAGUGGACUGCAGAGGAAGAGGCUGCUCUCCGCGCUGGUGUCGAGAAAUAUGGGCCUGGCAAAUGGCGGGCGAUUCAGAAGGAUUCUAAGUUCGGCCCGUGUCUCACUUCUCGUUCCAAUGUAGACCUUAAGGAUAAAUGGCGGAACAUGAGUGUAAGUGCCAAUGGGCUUGGUUCAGCAAGGAAGCCCUUGGCCAUCACUGGUGGGCCAGGGAUGAUGACCUUGAUGGAGGAUGCAGUAUCGGUGCUUCCUUUGGCUGUUUUACCUCCAAUAGAUGAUGCACAAGCUCUGAAAAGGGAGAGCGCGGAUACAUCUGGGGAUCGCAAGUCACUUGGUUCCAGAUAUGACGAUAUGGUCUUUGAAGCAGUGAUAGGGCUGAAAGAACCAUAUGGAUCUAGCAACGCCUCCAUUACAAGCUACAUCGAGGAGCGGCAUGCAGUACCUUCAAACUUUCGGAGGCUGUUAACAACGAAACUGAAAGAGCUAGCUCUAGCAGGGAAGUUAGUAAAGGUUCGGCAGAAUUAUAAGGUGAAUGACGGUAGCGAAAGUCCAGCACCGGUUGUGGAGGAGCCCGACCAUCUGGAGAGGGAGAAUGCCAUCGUAGUCAGUGAUCUCCACGCCAUGAGGACGCCGCACCACAGCACCGCCGUCCCUCUGUCCCUCGUCGCCCCCUUCUCUCCUGCUCCUGCUUGCGCCCUUCUCUAG